AAGAGAAAGAAUGGAGAAAAAUUAGAUAGAAUGGAAUAGAGUUUUGACGUCCGCAAGGACACAAACACUUCCUUUCUCUCUCAUCGCCUCUCUAACACAUUCUCUCCCUUUCUCUCUCUACAACACAACACAACACAGAAACAAAAAAAACACAGUGAGUGACUCUCCCACAUAUCAUUACUACUCAUAAUAUAGCUUUGCUCAAUAUUUAUUAAAAACCCACCAAAUUCAAAGAACCCAUAACUUUAGAUUUUGUUAAAAUUACUGCGACAGAGAGCUAACCAAAACCCUAAACUUUGUUUGAGAGAGACAACAAACAGACCCUUUUCGACUUCAUUUUAUUAAUUAACUACUUCUUCUUCUUCUUCUUCUAUUUUUCUUUUUAAAUAGACUUUUCUUUUCUUUUUUCUUUUUUAUUUUAUGAUUAGGGAAUUUUGGGAUUCUGAUUAUACAAAAAUUCAUUUUAUUGUUCACUGUUGUCCCUCUCACUACACUUAAUUUCUACUGCGGCGAGCAAUAGAAGAGUGGUGGGUGGUGGUCUUGCGAGGAUAGCAUGACUGUAGAAUGUACAGACUCAGAGAAUGUCCCUUUGCUUUUCUUUUCUUUCAUCUGCAACUCCUACAACGUCUGCUCAGGCACGAAUCCUACUCAUUUUUAUUGUUGCAUAAUAAGGACUUUGAAGUCUACAUAUGUGGAGUUGAAAUGCUGAGUAGGUUCAGCUGCAAGUUUGCUUGAUUUUGAUUGGUUAUGUAGUUUUAGGCUUAUUCAAAUUUGUAGUGUUUUAAGUUAGUUGUAAUACUUCGAAGAGGGUAGAUUGUGAUUCUUGAUACAAUGGUGCCCUCGGGGCAGCCUACACCGCUUGGUAGUACCCAGUCUGUUCCUCCUUCGUUGUUGAGAUCAAAUUCAGGGAUGUUAGGAGCUCAAGGGGGUCCUCUUUCUUCUCAAUCUGCAUUUCCUUCAUUAGUGUCCCCGCGUACUCAGUUUAAUAAUAUGAAUAUGCUCGGAAAUGUACACAAUGUGUCCUCCUUCCUUAAUCAGUCUUUUGGAAAUGGGGGUCCCAAUCCAGGGCUUUCUGGUCCUGCAAGCAGCCAGCGAGGAGGUAUUGAUGGUGGGGCUGAAACAGAUCCACUUUCUGGUGUUGGUAGCGGAAUGGGUUUCGGUGCUCCUUCAUCUUCGUAUAUGCAGUCAAAUAUGGUGAGUCCUGGUCCAUCGGGUCAAGUUCAGGGACAGCAAUUUUCAAACCAGUCUGGUAACCAGUUAUUGCCAGAUCAACAGCAGUCCCAACAACUUGAAUCUCAAAGUUUCCAGCAUGGAGCACAGCAUCAGCAAUCAAUGCAACAGUUCUCUUCCCCUCACAAUACUCAGCAGCAACACCAAUUUCAGACCAUUCGAGGAGGAUUAGGUGGUGUUGGACCUGUCAAGUUGGAACCUCAAGCGUCAACAGACCAGCAUGGAGCACAGCAUCAGCAAACGCACCAGCUGCAGCCAUUGAGAAAUCUCGGACCCGUCAAAUUGGAAUCGCAACAAAUUCAGACCAUGAGAAGUUUGCCACCCGUAAAAUUAGAACCUCAACAUUCAGAUCAGUCAUUAUAUCUGCAUCAGCAACAACAGCAUCAGCAGCAGCAACAACAACAACAACAACAACAGUUCCUGCACAUGUCAAGGCAGUCUUCUCAAGCUACUGCUGCUCAAAUUAGUCUCUUGCAGCAGCAAAGAAUGUACCAGUUACAACAACAACAACAACAACAGCAACUUAUGAAAACGAUGCCACAGCAACGUCCUCAAUUGCCACAGCAAUUUCAACAGCAGAAUUUGCCUCUGAGAUCUCCAGUCAAACCAGCUUACGAACCUGGGAUGUGUGCUCGUCGUCUUACACAUUACAUGUAUCAACAACAGCACAGACCCGAGGACAAUAAUAUUGAGUUCUGGAGAAAAUUUGUUGCCGAGUACUUUGCUCCUCAUGCAAAAAAGAAGUGGUGUGUUUCAAUGUAUGGAAGUGGCCGACAAACAACUGGUGUUUUUCCUCAGGAUGUAUGGCACUGUGAAAUUUGCAAUCGCAAGCCUGGCCGCGGCUUUGAGGCAACUGUUGAGGUUCUUCCCAGGCUUUUCAAAAUCAAAUAUGAAAGUGGCACAUUGGAAGAGCUUCUCUAUGUUGAUAUGCCACGCGAAUAUCAGAACUCAUCUGGUCAAAUCGUCUUAGAUUAUGCAAAAGCAAUACAGGAAAGUGUUUUUGAGCAACUUCGUGUUGUCCGUGAUGGCCAGCUGCGAAUAGUCUUUUCUCCAGACUUGAAGAUAUGCUCUUGGGAGUUUUGUGCUAGGCGGCAUGAAGAACUUAUUCCUCGACGAUUGUUAAUACCACAGGUCAGUCAGCUUGGUGCAGCAGCUCAAAAAUAUCAGGCUGCCAGUCAAAAUGCGUCAUCUAAUGUAUCUGUUCCAGAGCUGCAAAACAAUUGUAAUCUAUUUGUUGCAUCAGCUCGGCAACUGGCAAAAGCUUUGGAAGUACCAUUGGUGAAUGAUUUAGGAUAUACAAAAAGAUAUAUUAGAUGUCUGCAGAUAUCUGAAGUGGUUAAUAGCAUGAAAGACUUAAUUGAUUACAGUCGAGAAACAGGGACAGGACCAAUGGAAAGUUUGGCAAAGUUCCCUCGAAGAACAAGUGCUUCUUCCGGGUUUCAUAGUCAAUCUCAACAGCAGGAGGAACAGUUACAGCAGCAGCAGCAGCAAACAAUGCCUCAGAACUCGAACAGUGAUCAAAGCUCGAUGCAGGCUGGUGGUAUGCAAAUUGCUGGUAGCAAUGGCAUGUCUGGCGUGAAUAACUCUCUCAGUGGGGCGUCUGCAUCUACCUCUGGCAGUGCUAUUGUUGGGCUUCUCCACCAGAAUUCUAUGAACUCAAGACAACAAGGUUCAAUGAAUAAUGCAAGCAGUCCCUAUGGAGGAAAUUCUAUCCAGGUUCCGUCUCCUGGUUCGUCUAGCACAAUUCCGCAGGCACAACCUAGUCCUUCUCCGUUUCAAUCGCCGACGCCUUCCUUAUCUAAUAAUCCGACGCAAACAUCUCACAGUGCCUUAAAUGCUGGCAAUCACUCUAGGUCUACAAAUUCGCCAGCAAAUAUUCCAUUACAACAGCCAGCUCUUUCCGGUGACGCUGACCACAGUGAUUCUCAAAGCUCUGUGCAAAAGAUCAUACAUGAGAUGAUGAUGUCCAACCAACUAAAUGGCACGGGUGGUAUGGCUGGGGUCAGUUCUUUAGAGAAUGAAAUGAAAAGUAUCAACGGGAUCUUGCCGUCAAAUAACAGUGCAGUUCUCAACGGAGGCAACGGCCUGGUCGGGAAUGGUACAGUCAAUAAUUCUGGAAUUGUAGGUGGUGGAUUUGGCACCAUGGGAAGUGUACUGGGGCAAAAUUCCAUGGUCAAUGGAAUCAGAGCUGCAAUGAGUAAUAACUCGAUGAUGAAUGGACGUAGUAUGUCACCGGUGGUUCGAAAUCAAAGCAUGAAUCACCAACAGCAGGAUUUGGGAAACCAUCUACUUAGUGGGUUAGGAGCUGUGAACGGAUUUAAUAAUCUACCGUUUGAUUGGAAACCAUCCCCGUAAAAGUCUCGUCAAUGACACUCUUGAAUGUAGUUGCUGGAGCAGCACGAGUGUGGGCAGAAUUCCCUACAGAACUGUGAAGAUAAUGGAAUAGCUGCCAGGGCUAACCUCCCUCCCUCCCUCCCUCCCACUUUGUACUAAUUUCAGAGAAAAAGUGAAAACAUAAUAUAGCAUAGUGUUUCUUUUAUCAAUGAAAUGUUAAAUCCUUGUCGAGUCUCUUCUAAUUGUUUUUCCUAAUUUAUGAUUCAAUACAACUUCUCCCACUUUCAACA